AUGAAGGCCGAGCUGAAGCCCAGGAAGAAAGACUCAGACCAGGACGCGGAGAAGGGCGGCGACGGCGACGAGAAGAAGGCGGCCGAGGCCAACGGGGGCGAGGAGGGCGACCGCGAGGGCGGCGAGGAGCGCUCCAGGGAGAAGGACGGCUCGAAGAGCCCCCGCAGGAACAAGUCGAGGUCCAGAUCCAAGUCGCGAUCGCGGAAGUCGCGGUCGCGAAAGUCGCGGUCUCGCUCGCGGAAGUCGCGGCCCAGGUCGCGGUCCAAGUCGCGGAGCAAGUCGCGGUCCAAGUCCGUGCGCCUCUCCGUGCGCAUGCCGCACAACACGGACGAAGUCACCGGAGAGCGCAUCGAGGCGGAGGUGGUGGAUCGCCCCGCGCUGACCAAUGGCGAGCCCGUUUGGCAGGCCCAGAUCACCAUGCCGCAGGACGGGUGGCAGCAAUCACACGGGCAAGCCGCGAGUCUUCAACAUUCGGGGACCUCCACGGAAAGAGCAGGACCGGAACAGGCCGAGCGCGACGCGAAGCAGCUCACCGAGAUAUCUGUAGAAGGCCCGAAGGCCGUUCGUGCCCUGGCGAAUCAGCUGCACCGGCGGUAG